GUAUCAUGUUGUUCUCACAGAAUCAUGGACUUUUGGUCUCGUCUCAUUGGCGGCUCCCGUUCGCUGUCAAACAAAAGCUUUAAAGCCACCACUCCCACUGAACGACUAACCGCCUUCAAACGGACCUGUAAUACCCUACAGCAAAUAUGGCGCUCCAAUAAUGCCCCGUCCGGCGACCAGACCGUGGCCACGCACACGCGCAACUGCAUCGAUCGAUUGAACUCCGUCCUGGGCGAUGAGUCCCGCGGCCCGGCUCCGCACCCGUGUCUCGCCUAUGCCUCGUCCUCGCAAAUCUUCGUAACAGUCACCAAACUCUCACUAUCCUCCUAUGACGAUACCGUCCUUCGCUCCGCCACGGUCCUCUUCAACACCCUGAUCGACGCAGAGGUCGACGGCGUCGUGGACAACCGGCUGUUCGCGCGGGCUCUGGUGGACCUGGUGCGUCGCGCUGACAAGAGGUCCGAAGAUGUCGAGUGUCGGCUGGUCGAGUUGCUCUUCGGCGUAGCCAACAAUAUCCGGCUUCAACCCCAUAUUCUGUCAGCGUGGUUUGCUCCCCGGUCGGAUGACGAUGAUCGCGAGCCUCGGGCCAGCGUCGGGGCUGAGUUCGCCGGUGCCACGAGGAAGGACGACUUUCCGCUAUUCUAUCUGCUAGUUGAGUAUGUGCAUCACGCGGGUCGCGCCGGAGACUUUGCUCGCACGGGUCUCCUUUAUCUUAUUGAGACGGCCUCGCGGUCGAAGGACCUUGAACGAUGGUUGAUAGAGAGCGAUCUCGCGACGCUUAUGGCUACCGGGCUGGGUGCGCUGUAUAGUCAGUUGGGCGGGUUGUCGUUCGAAAUUAGGCCUGAGGAGAGGAUUCCCCACAUCGUGGCAUUGUCAGAUCAUGCAAGGCAGGAAACCGCGCUUCCGCCUACGCUUGGGUCGACCAUGGCCUCCUUCAUGGCGUACCUCCUGUUCUGGCAGGAUACCAUCGACCAUUGCAAGUCAGGCGAAGUCAAUGCCACCUUACUCGAUCACUUCCAGGUUUUAUUCCUGGAACAGCUACUGUAUCCAUCUUUAUUAGAGUCGUCCGACGUCGAGGGAGGUUCCACAGCGGCAGUUCUCACCUACUUGUAUCGCAUUCUAGACUCCAUCGAGCAGGACGACCUGGUGCACCGGAUUCUUCACUUCUUACUCGCAUCGCCGUCUGGGUUUGAGACCAAAUCGGCCCAGAAGAGCGUCGACAUGUCUAUGAGCCGGCGAAAAUCCCUGGACGUCCUGGCUGCCUUUUCGGAAGAGGCGGCGCGACCAUCUCCGUCUUUGUUCAAUCUGAGAGACCUGGCACUGCUUGGUCUGCAAUCUAAGAACCGUCAAACCGUCCUAGCUACUCUACGGCUCAUGGCUGUUGUCCUUCAGCGGCAUCACACGUUUGCCCGUUCGUUGAUUCGCACCCUCCCCGGUCAACCGGCAGAGCAGCGCACGGUUGGCGCAUUGAACGCGGAGCUCAGCCAGCUUGUAACCUUGGCCACAUCGGUCGUUGAUGACCCGAUGUUGGAAGAAUCGUUUGAAGACUACCUCAAAGACGCAUCGUUGAUCUUAGAGUCCCGGCUGUGCAUACCUGCGGACGAUGACCUCGGAGAAGACCAACCGUUGGAGAUCAGACAAGACGACCCCAUCUGUCAGGAACUCUUGAAUUGUCUGGAGGAAUUUUUCUCUAACAGCGUGAUCGUCAACUUGGCACUGACCGAAGUCUUGAUGAGCGUUGCGUCGUCCCAUCUCCUCUCUCUUGAUGGUUGGCUCCUGGUCGACCCGUCCAAGUACGACUACGGUGACUCACCGCCACCAGAGGAUGCCAAUCCCAUGGAGCAGAUCCAGUUUGCUUACACGGAACCAUCCUGGUCCAGCGAUCACACACCUACCCUGACAUCCGUAUUACAGAAACUAGUCCAACAGAUCCAACAGUGGCGGGAAGAGAUCCCCGACUUCGACAUCCUGAUAGCCGCGCGACGGGACCUGCUGCACAACGAGGACGACCCUACAUCUCCGCAAACGUCUCAACAAGCCUCUGGAAUCCAAAGCCCAGUCGGCGGCGCGUCCGAGCGCCCCCGACCCAACAUCGAUUCGGUGGGCUCACCCAGAGGCAGAACUCCUCGCCCUCUCGAAGCACACAGCAUGUCCCCAUCGCCCCACCGCGCCGCGGUCGCCUCCCCCUUACGCGACGCAUCCCUACACAUGCCCCCAGCCCGCGACUCCGAGUCCCAGGCUUCUGCCGCUGACGAACUUCGCGAGCGGUUGUUCCAGCCGUUCUUACACGGGGAGCAAUCGGCCAAGGAAGCCGACAAGGGCGGGAGCACGGAGUCAGGCGAGCAAGAUGACGAAGAGAGCGCCGUAGCGGACUCGGAGCCAUCGUCGGCCACGCUUGGACAUGUUCUCACGAACGUGGUCAUCUUGUAUGAGUUCAUACUUGAGAUCUCGGCGAUGGUGCAGGCGCGAGGCACGCUGUUUGAAGAGGCGGGGUAUCCGGGUGUUAUGUCUGAGCAGUAGGCUGUGGCUCUGUACAGCAUCUGUAGGCAGG